AAUAAAAAUCUGGACAUGGACAAACUCUCCAGUGAGAAGGAAGGACGGAGUGCCUUCAAAGCAAGGACAGUGGAAAAUGGUACAGAGUCACAGGAGGAGAGACAGUCAGAAGCAGCUUUUUCUGCGGGAGACAGAGAGCUGUCAGAAAAGCAGGCAAAGGCAGGAGAUGAGGGGAUGCUGCCAUGGCGCCAAGAGCAGCCACAGCCUGAAAAAAGGGCAAAACAGGAAGGAAGUCCAGAGAGACAGGGAAAGCCAGAAAGUAAAGGGAGCCCUGCAGGAAAGCGCCCAGCUGAGGACCACAGGCCCAGAAAGGCCAAAAGAAAAACCAACAAGGGGCUGGCCCACUGCCUCAAGGAGUAUAAAGAGGCCAUCCAAGGCAUGCGCUUCAGCAAUGAAGACAAGAUGAGAGAAUCUGACAACAUGGCAAGGGUGAAGGAGGAUGAGAGAAAGAACAAGCAGAAGAUGGGGCAGAUGUUUGGGAUGCAAAGAAGUCUGCAGGAUCCCUUCUACCCAAGGGGCCCAAGGGAACUCAGGGGUGGCUGCAGGGUCCCCCGAAGGGACAUUGAAGACAUCCCUUAUGUUUAG